GCCGCGCAUGCGCCGUGCGCGCCGGUUCCGCCGCCGAGGCUCCGGGCUGGUCCCCGCCCGCCGGUCGCCCGCUCGCCCCGCGGGGCUAUGAGGCCGUAGGGCCCGCGGGCCGGAGCAGCCUUCCGCCGCCAGCAUGUUCGGCCGCUCCCGCAGCUGGGUGGGCGGCGGGCACGGGAAGGCCGCCCGCAGCAUCCACUCCUUGGACCACCUCAAGUACAUGUAUCAUAUUUUGAGUAAAAAUACGAUCGUAACAGAUCACAACCGCAACCUGCUGGUGGAGACCAUUCGUUCCAUAACGGAGAUCCUGAUCUGGGGGGAUCAGAAUGACAGCUCAGUGUUUGACUUUUUCUUGGAGAAAAAUAUGUUUGAAUUCUUCCUGAACAUCCUGCGUCAGAAGUCAGGUCGUUAUGUGUGUGUGCAGCUGCUACAGACUCUGAACAUCCUUUUUGAGAACAUCAGCCAUGAAACAUCUCUGUACUACCUGCUCUCUAAUAACCAUGUGAAUUCUAUUAUUGUCCACAAAUUUGACUUUUCUGAUGAGGAGAUCAUGGCAUAUUACAUAUCAUUUUUGAAAACUCUUUCCCUGAAACUCAAUAAUCAUACUGUACAUUUCUUUUAUAAUGAGCACACUAAUGACUUUGCUUUGUACACUGAAGCUAUUAAAUUUUUUAACCACCCCGAAAGCAUGGUCAGGAUUGCUGUUAGGACUAUAACUUUAAAUGUCUACAAAGUGUCAUUGGACAACCAGCCUAUGCUGCAUUACAUUCGAGAUAAAACUGCAGUUCCUUAUUUCUCCAACCUCGUCUGGUUUAUUGGCAGCCACGUGAUCGAGCUGGAUAACUGCGUGCAGACUGAUGAAGAGCACAGAAAUAGGGGCAAACUGAGUGACCUGGUAGCAGAACAUCUUGAUCAUUUGCAUUACCUUAAUGAUAUCCUUAUCAUUAACUGUGAAUUUUUAAAUGAUGUGCUCACAGACCACCUUCUUAAUAGGCUCUUCCUUCCCCUCUACGUGUAUUCAUUAGUAAAUCAAGACAAGGGUGGAGAGCGUCCAAAAAUAAGUCUGCAGGUUUCUCUCUAUCUUCUUUCUCAAGUUUUUCUGAUUAUACAUUAUGCUCCUUUGGUGAACUCCUUGGCUGAGGUUAUACUCAAUGGGGACCUCUCAGUGUUUUCUUCUAAGGUUGAGCAAGAUAUACAGAAAAACUCAGCAAAGUCAAGUAUCAGAUGUUUCAUAAAACCCACAGAAACACUUGAGAGGUCUCUUGAAAUUAACAAACAGAAAGGGAAGAAGAGGAUGCAGAAAAGACCCAACUAUAAAAAUGUUGGUGAGGAAGAUGAAGAGGAGAGAGGAUCUGAAGAUAACCAAGAUGACCUUGAUAAAAGUAAAGGUUCAGAAGCAAGUUCAAAGGGUGUAAGAACAAGCACUGAAAAUGAAGAAAUAGAGAUGGUAAUCAUGGAGAGGUGUAAGCUGUCAGAGCUAUCUAUCUCUGCUGUGACGGAACAGAAUACGACAGAUGAAGAAAAAAGUGCAGCUGCUUCUGGGAGUGAGAUGACAAACUGGAACAGGCCUUUUCUUGAUAUGGUCUAUAAUGCACUGGACUGUCCUGAAGAUGAUUACUAUGCCCUCUUUGUGCUCUGUCUUUUGUAUGCAAUGUCACACAACAAAGGACUUGACUCAGUCAAGCUGGAGAGAAUUCAACUUCCAGCUCAACAUGCUGAAGAGAGAAAUUCGUACAAUCAUGUCCUUGCAGAAGGGCUCAUCAGGAUAAUGAAUUAUGCUGCACAACCAGAUGGAAAAAUUCGUUUGGCAACUUUAGAACUUGGCUGCCUAUUGCUGAAGCAGCUUGUGUUUUCCAAAAAUGGCAGGAUCAUAAAAAGUGUUCACCUUGAUUGUCUUGAGGGUGCAAGGGAGGAAAGUGUUCAUCUCCUUCGUCGUUUCUAUAAGGGAGAAGAAAUCUUCCUGGAUAUGUUUGAAGAUGAAUACCGGAGUAUGACAAUGAAACCGAUGAAUGUAGAAUACUUGAUGAUGGAUGCCUCAAUCUUGCUACCCCCAACGGGGACGCCUCUGACCGGGAUUGAUUUUGUGAAAAGGUUGCCUUGUGGAGAUGUGGAAAGAACACGAAGAGCAAUCAGAGUUUUCUUUAUGCUCCGUUCACUGUCACUGCACUUGCAAGGUGAGCUGGAAACUCAGUUACCACUCACGAGGGAGGGAGAUCUGAUAAAGGCAGAUGAUGUUCUGGAUUUGAAUAACAGUGAUCUGAUUGCUUGUACAGUCGUAACAAAGGAUGGAGGUCAAGUUCAAAGAUUCCUGGCUGUGGAUAUUUACCAGAUGAGUUUGGUUGAACCAGAUGUUGCCAGACUCGGAUGGGGAGUAGUUAAGUUUGCAGGCCUUCUGCAGGAUAUGCAGGUGACUGGAGUAGAGGAUGACAGCAGAGCCCUGAACAUAAUAAUUCACAAGCCUGCCUCCAGCCCUCAUUCGAAGCCCUUCCCCAUCCUGCAGGCCACGUUCAUUUUUGCGGAUCACAUUCGCUGCAUCAUCGCCAAGCAGCGCCUGGCCAAAGGCCGCAUCCAGGCUCGGCGCACCAAGAUGCAGAGAAUAGCCGCUCUCCUGGAUCUUCCUGUUCAGCCUUCAACUGAAGUUAUGGGUUUUGGACACAGCUCUGGAGCUGCAGCCCAGCACCUCCCAUUUAGAUUCUAUGACCAGUCCCGGCGUGGGAGCAGUGACCCAACAGUGCAGCGCUCUGUCUUUGCAUCUGUUGACAAAGUCCCAGGCUUUGCUGUAGCCCAGUGCAUAAAUCAGCACAAUCCAUCCCCACUCUCGUCACCAUCCCCUUCCAGUGGCAGUGGCAGUACAGGGCGCUGUGAUUCAGUGACUGCAAGCUCAACAUCCACUCCUUCUGCUGCUCAGAGCCCAGCAGAUGAUGCUUCAGCUCCAGAGCAGCCUCUGACGGCGAGUUCCGGUCAGACGAUGUUGACUGAUGAAACUCUUGCAGCUGUUUCAAAGUCCAGCAGAAAUGCUGUAAAACCCAGUGACACAGAAACAGCCAACCUGUCUCCCAGCCUGAUUCCUGCCCAGCAGCCCACGAUAUCCUUACUCACAGAUGAUAGCACGGACACGCUGAGCGUGGAGUCGCUCACGCUGGUGCCACCAGUUGAUCCACACAGCAUUCGAACAUUCAGCUGCGUCCCUCAGGCCUCUUUGCAGUCUGAAGUUGAAGUUGACAAGGUGAAAGAGGUAGAGGAAGAAUGUUCUGACUAAAGCCACCACGCAGACUGUAAUAAACAGUGAAGGAAGUGCAACCAAAUUGUGAUUUUUUUUCCUCUGGGAGUGCAGAUACUUCUGGAGGCCUGAGAGGCCUCAGGUCCACAUGAAGGGACCAAGUGGUGACAGAGAACGUCAGCAGUUUUUAGAGCCAACGUCGGAUACUCAGCAUAUCUGAACUGGGGAAAAGAGAAAAACCCAAACUUUUGAAUCUGCAUUGGUUCUUUCCUACCAGUUUCUGUUAUACAAGAAAAUGAACAUAUUUCAGAGGACCUACUGUCUUUCUAAUAGGAACUAAUUAAUUGUAAAAGGUCUACAGUAUUAUGGCAAAGUGAAGAGACUUUUGGAUACCCAGCUUUGCGUUGUUACGUCUCUGAAACAGGAGACAUGCCAUUGACCAGAAAAAAAAUAUAUAUUAUAGGACAGAGGUAAAACUUCCAUUUGAGUCAGGGUGUGUUUUUUCAGUUUGGUGUUUGGUUUGGGGUUUUAUUUGUGGAAGAGGGGUUUUGGGGUUUUAUUUGGGUUUUUUUUGGUUGGUUGGUUUUGGUUUUUUUUUUUUAAUCUUGUUCAUCUUUUGGAGGUCUGCACAAUACCAGCAGGCUUGGCCACAUUCAGUAUUGUCUUCGUAGGACUCCAGACUUAAAUAUUAUGUUUUCCAUAUGUAAUAUUUAUUUCAAGGUUUGAUUCAAAUUUAAAACACAAUGCUUGUUCAAAUUAACAUAAGGGAUUUUUGGGACUACUUUAGUCUUUGCUUAGCUGCCUAGAGAGGAAUGUAAAAUCUUUUAAAAGAUUGCUAUAGCUUGUUUGUUCACUUCUGACAGUCAAAUUGUUACACAUCUGAGGAAUGGUGAUAUCCCUGCAACUGAAAGACAACUUCAAGAAGCAGGCAGAAGCAGUUUUACUCUAAAGAGGUUUUUCAAAUUUUUCAGAGUCAUGUAGGAAGAAGGUCACCAUAUCUAACUGAUAAUUGCGUUGCAAGUCUGAUCUCGAGAGGUACUGUAUAUUUUUUCUCUUCCUGUCUGGGAUAGUAUCCCAGUUAAACAACAUUGCUACAUAAAAGUGAUUCUGAGUUAACAUUACUUCCUAGAUCCUGACACCAAGUUGACAGAAAAGGGAAAGCUGUUUUUAAAGUUUGGAAUGUUCUUUGCUGACUUGAUACAUAAUUUAACAUGAAAGGAAUUUAAGAUUUUUCAUCAAUUUCCAAGUAAGUUAAUUUAAAUUAAUAGUAUUAUCAUUGCUGGUCUAUUCUUAACACUGAGUUGGCAACUCCUCAAAGGAGGACUGUUGUUUACUUGGUAUUGAUUUCAGUCACCACAGCAAUCUGUUUCCUCAUUCUGCUGUCUCUACUGGCAUUGAGUUCUUACCAAAUGGGUGAAUCUGCAGAGUUUUUACCCACUUCCCAGUUGCUUAUUGUACCUCUUCCUGGCUGUCAUAGAGAAUACUUGAAGUGACUUUUCAGUGAUGUGUGUGUGUGUAUAUAUAUAUAUAUACAUUUGUAUAUAUAUAUAUAUA